CCCCCUCGGCCUAUUUCUACUCACGUACCCCUAGGACACGAAGCUUUGGGGACCCUUAACCGGACGCAUACUACAGCGGAACACGGUCCCCUCGGCGCUGUCUUCCCACUUCAAGUCUACAAUUCAACAAUAUCAUAACGCACUGGCCCACCAAUUGUCAGUGCUGAAUGAGUUCGAUGAGUCGAACACUAACUGGAAUCUUCACAAGUGUGCCACAAAGAAUGCCUUUGACGCUUGCUGUGCACCCGAUUUAAAUCGUCGUAACUGUGAAUGGAUUUCUGAAGCAUCGUUCAGUUUGAUCAAGGAUCCUAAACCUGUUCCGAUGGGCGCUCAGUUCCAGCAUAUCCGUAACUCUUUGAAACGACGUCUGACAAGGAUUCAUCGAGUUGACCGGGAACGUUGGUGGAUGGCAAAGGCCCGUGAGAUGGAGAAAACCGGUGCUAUUGGGAACAGCCGAAUGCUAUUCCAACCCAUCAUGUACACGGGUCCAACAAAGCCAUCAGUUAGCGUGAUACCCGUUGAGAAAGAUGGACAGUUAAUCCCUUCUCAGCUUCAUCGACUAGCCUGUUGGAUCGAAAAUUUUGAAGAGCAGUUCAGCAGGCCUGUUGCAGCACUGCCGUUUGCCGUAUCACUUGGGUCUACGUGGGAAGUUGAUUCACGCCUUCCAGUUUGGACAAGAUUUGAUAUAAGCUUUCCGUGUUGAAACGAAAUAAGGCUCCUGGACCCGACGACCUUUCUCCAUCUUUGCUGGAAGAUGUGCGGACUCUUCGUUGACUGGACUUGCUUCACUUUUUUAUACGGUUUGGGACACUGACGAAGUGCUUUCAGACUGGCAACUGUUAAUUGUCGUGUCCAUCAUCA